AAUGUCUCGCGCUGAUGUUAAAAAGUCUUCAUUAUGUACCAGUGAACCUUUGACUAAGGAGGCCAUUAGCCAUGCUAUGUCCGUGUUCAGUCAAAUAGUGAAAUCUUGCUAUGGCCCCAUGGGUAGGUUUAAACAGCUUCACAAUGGUAUGGGAGGAUACGUCCGUACCACAUCGCAGUCUUCUGCUUUGCUCAGUGGCCUUUCCGUCACUCAUCCAGUAUUAAAGCUUCUGACAGCCUCUGUGCAGAAUCAUCUUGCACGCUUCAGUGACUGUGGUUUAUUUACAGCCAUUUUUUGCUGCAGCCUGCUUGAAAAAUGUCAAGCCCUAAACGUUGCUCCAUGUACUUUCAUUAAAAUCAGCCAGCACCUUUUGACCCUAUGCACUGACUAUCUAGCAUCUGAAGCAUGCGGUUGUAGAAUACCAGUGGAUUUUAGCAGUUCUAAGAUUCCCCUCAGUUUGGUACGCAGCAUACUAACCAGCAAACGUGCCUGCAUGCUUAACCAGAAUGAAGCUGAUCACAUCAGCAUGUUGGUCUUAAAGGCCUUUCUGUUGACAAUCCCACAAAACGCGGAGGCCAGCGUUGUCUUAGGGAAAUGUCUCUACAUACCUGUAAAAGAUAAGACUGUUACAGCUUCUGCUGUAUAUCCCGGACUUCUGAUUGAAGUGCCAGACUUGCAUCUGACAAGGAUGCUUCCUGUCAAAACCGUUACUUCAGGCACAAUCAGGAUGGCGCUUUUCUGUAUGUCUUUGUCAGGAGACUUGUCUGACACCGGAGAAGGAACCAUCGUUGUCCAUCAAAGAGUUUCUCUGGAAGCUGCAGUUUUAAAUCAGUUGCUUAAUUUAGGCAAGCAAAUAGUUAAUGACGGUGUGGGCCUUGUGGUGUGUCAGAAAGUUAUCCACCCAGCUUUGAAACAGUACCUGAAGGAGAACCAUGUUGUUGCUAUAGAGAGAGUUGGAGUGGCAAUGAUGGAGCCCCUGAAACAAAUGACAGGUUCUCAGCCGAUACCUUCUCUACAGUUUCUGUCCCCUGCUUGCUAUGGCUGUCUGAAGGACUUGCAGACUGAGUGUUUUGCUUCAAAAUGGUUCUUGCAUCUAAUUCCUAAUGACCCAGUUGUCUGCAGCUUCGUGCUCUGUAAUAGGAACGAAACUGCAUGGGAUGAGUUGAAGCUUGCUUGUCAAACUGCAGAGCAUGUCUUGCAAUUAACUGUCAAUGAUCCCUGGGUACUGUUAGGUGGCGGCUGUACAGAAACACAUUUGUCCUCCUACAUAAGGCACAAGAGUUGUGCCAUGACGAGUAGCUCCUUGGAUAAUCUAUGCUGUUCUCGGGCAGAGUUCCAGUUGGUGACUGAUUCCUUUUGCUGCUCACUCGAAUCUGUGGCUUGCUGCCUAGAGCAUGAUGAUGGCGACGUUCUCAGUGAUACAAAUUGGGGACAUUCUUGGUCUGUUCCACCCGAUGUUCCUAACAAGUUGGAUUGGUCUGAUGUACUUUUGAAGUGUGGAUGUGGCCUCUGUGAUACACAGCAAAGCCUCAAUUGGAGGAUGCUACAAUGUCAUUCUACUCCUUUCUCCCCCCAAAGUUGUGUUAACGAGUCUUCUGUAACCUCCACUGAUAAGCCCAUUCUGGACUGCUUUGCGGCAAAAAGGAAUGGCCUACAAGUUGCAGUGGAGACAGCCAAUCUACUUUUAGAUCUGGCCUGUAUAAUUGAAGAUUGUAAUUAAGUUUUCUUUGUAUGUAUUCAAUGUCACAUAAGGAGCUGCAGUUGGAAGAGAAAAUCAGCUAUUUCCGCCCCUUCCACACACCUAGAAGCACUUUGCACAUGCACACAAGCCUUUCUGGAUCCCUGCCUCCAUAUUUGGUAGGAACGGCAAAAAGAUUAUUGUUUGCAAACAUUGGAAUAGAUCAAUCCUUGACUCAAAACCCUUUGAGUGGUGCUGCAGCGUUGAAUGCGGGCCAAAAUAUUUUUUCAGGCAUAAUUUAUGAUGUAAACGUUUAGCUUUUUCCUGAUAUUUAUGUUAGAUGUAUUAAAUGAUGCCUCUUGUUCUUC